AUUCACCGGACUAGCAGCCCAACCACCACCACACACUCACCAAACAUGAAGGCCUUUAUUGUGUUCGCCUGUCUGGCAGUGGCGACAGCUCGCGCCGGCAUCGCCCACGGACCAGUCAUCUCCUACGGUGGACACGGCGGCGGCCACGGUGCCGGCAUCGCCCUCGUCAGCGGCGGACACGGAGGCCUUGGUGGAGGCUACGGAGGCUACGGAGGCGGAUACGCCGGACACGGAGGCGCCGGUCUCAGCGGCGGACUCGCAGCCGGAGCCGGUACCGCAGCUUCUCUCCAAGGCGGAGCCUCAAGCUUGGGAAGCGGUGGUCUAGGAGCCAGCUACGCGGCCGGAGCAGCGGCCGCUGCUGGCGCUGCGGGAGUUCAACAGAUCGUCUCUGGUGGAGUGACCGGUGGUAGGUCCGACAUCGGACCCGCGGAGGGACCCAAGGCCAACGUCGGACCCCAGAGCGGACCGUCUGACCUCGUCGGACCCCAGGAGGGAGCCAAAUCCAUCGGUGGACCCCGUACCGGACCCUCAAGCCUCGUAGGACCCGCCGCCGGACCCUCGACCCUGGUAGGACCAUCCCAGGGAACCGCCACCCUCGUAGGACCAUCCCAGGCGACCGCUAACCUGGUCGGACCCAGCUACGGUGGAGUCGCCUUCUACGCCGGAUCCGGUGGAAUCAACGGUGACGACGGUAGCUCCGGCUCCGCCGCCGCCGCCGCUCCCGGAGGUCUUGGAGGCGCUGGUAUCGCCCUUGGCGGAGGUGGCGGUUUCGGACUCGGCGGAGGAUACGGAGGACCCGGUGCCAUCGCCGUCGUCGGCGGAGGCCCAGGAAUCGCCGGUGGAAUCGGCGGCCACGACGCCGGAGUCGCCGUGAUCAACGGACCCUCCGGAGCCAUCCACGCCGGACUCGGUUCCCACGGAGCCAUCAUCCCGGCCCCAGUUUCCAUCGGUCACGGCAAGUGGUAGACGGUCUUAACGGACAAGCGAUCUCGGCUCGGCGACGGCGGCACACACACACACACCAAUCAUCACUGCACUACCGGUUGUUCAUCACGCGCUGCAAUUUUACCCGCGGGGGAGGGAGGGGGGAGGGUGGAGGGGGCAGCGGAAGCGUCCUCGGCCUCUUCUUCGACGCGACGAGGAUGAGGACCGCGAAGAGAAUCGGAGAACGAGGAGGAGCAGGAGGAGCAGGAGGAUCGUUGGAGAGGAACGGCGACAUUCGAGAACUCCGUCGUAACGCUCAUACGGGGAACGGACGAGAGACCGGCUGAGUUUAGCUGAAAAAGGGAUAACGAGAGAGUGCACAGUGUGAACAGUGGACAAGUUACGUCUCAGGCGCAUCGACCAUCCGUCGAAACCCGAACAACCAGGCGCGUUCUAUUUUCUGAACACCAGCCGCGUUGCUCCUCACGGGUUUUCGAUAUUUCUUCACGCUUCUGCGGAUCAGUCUCUCCCCGUGUUCUUCCACUGUCGAUUUUCUCUCUCUCUAUAUCUCUCUCUCUCUAUUCUGUUCCGUCUUCUCUCUUCUCAAAUCUCUCUGUCCAUUCAAUUCUCCGUAUCUUCAGGUUCCGAAUCUCUCGGUGUUCCAUCUUUUGCAAUAUUCUCUUACUCUUCGUCUCUCUGAUUCUCUCUCUCUCUCUCUCUCUCUCUCUAUCUUGCCUCAAGCCUACCCACGUAUAUUAUAUAAUAUCGUAAUAAUUAUCUCGCUCGGAAGGAUACCUCAUAAUCUCAAUUCUCUACAUCGUAUUCUUCAAUGUUGUUAUUACAUGUACUCACUGCCGCACCGCAUACAUCUUUUUCUUAAACUAUUAUUAUAUUAUUACUAUAAUACGUAUUCACAUACUCGGCUACGCACAUUUUUAUACAACUGUGUAUAUGUGUAUAUGUAUAUAUAUGUAUAUAUGUGUGUGUACAUGUAUAUAUUUGGUGAUUUUUUUUGCUCAUACACAAUAUACAUAAAUACACAUUUAUAUAUACCUAUGUAUAUAUGUAUUUAUAUGUAUACACGCACGCUAUAAACGCUCCCCCGUCAAACUGAAACAUCCCCCGAAACAACGCGCGUAUGUACCGUGUAUAAUAUUGUAGUGCACGGACGAAAAGGUAAACACGCAAGUGAAAAAAUGGCUACCGGUAGAAGCCAAUGGUAGGUCAGCCGUUCGAUUUGGAACGAACUAAUGUACAUAGAAGGCGCAUCACCUCCCGCCGCCGGCCCCCGACCCCGCCCGACCCUCGCCCUCGUCUCACCCUCUUUUUGCGAUCACGACUAGCACCCCACCACCACCACCACCACCAUAGAUAGAUACCACGUAUUUAUAGCGUUUAUACAUUUAUACAAUACUUUAUAUAAAAAUAAAGCAUCAGUAUUUAAAACUCAA